AUGAUAAGAGAACUGAAGUUAAUGAAACUUCCUGUAGAGAUACUUGUUUCCAUAUUAGAGAUCUUAUAUUAUAGAGGGAAGCUCAAACCAAAGUACUUGAGAGUGUGUAAGCUCUUUUAUUUCAUAGCAUAUCCGCUAAUUUAUAGAGCCCCCCGCUUAAAAUCCAGUAACUUUUUCAGCUUUGUAGAACUGAUAUCUGCAAACAAGAGAGGAGGUGCUGAAUAUAUCCAAGAGCUUGACUUGUCAGGCGUGAUCCAAAGUGGUAAAAAUGCAUUUGUUCUGAAGCUUUUAAAGCGAACUAAGAAACAACUACAAGUCUUUGUAGCUCCACAAGCAAGUUUUGGUCUUGCACCUCUACUUUCAUUGAAAAACUGUUCCAACUUGAAAAUCUUGGAUUUAAGACUUGUGUCGGAAACCUUGAACUUAAGUGAGUUGUUUAAUUCCAUUCGAUCACUUCAAAACUUGACGCAUUUAUCAUUCCCUAGGUCAUCUGUAGCCAUAGGAGACUACACCGCGGUAGCUUGGCCACCAAAACUUUCAUAUCUAAGGCUCUCUGGGGGAAUCUCAGAUGAUUUCUUAUUGAAGACAGAGUUUCCACCAACCAUCACCCAGCUAGAGUUUGCCCACUGCCCUCAUAUUAAAGAGUUUGGAUUUCAGCUUUUUAUCCGAAAAAUGGGGAGUAACCUAAAGACGUUGAAAGUCCAAUACCCCAUGCCUGGUCUUCGUGAAAGAUCGCUAGAUCCUGUUUUCUACUACUGCAAGAACUUGCUUGUCCUCGAAGUAGCAGUUGACUACGUCUCUUCCACAUUUUUCGACGAGGAAAACUUAUCCUACCUUGAUUUCCCCAGACCACUCAAAACAUUAUAUAUAGAAAGUAGUGGUAUGUUGGGGACUUCAACAAGGUUGGAUCCCAUUGAUCUAGCUGUAGCGUUAAACGAUGAAAGGUUACCAAAGUUGAAGAACAUAAGGUGUACUGCAAAAUUGGGAUGGGAUCCAAAGUCUGAGUAUGUCUCGUUCAUCGUGGAUGCAUUAGAUGAAAGGGGAGGCGGUAUAUAUAUCGGUUAUUAA